AUGAACCAGCUUGUGAGCAUAGAUGUCUUCCACGUUUUCGAUUCUAACCGAGUUCGACAUGAGCUUCUUUCCGUCAUUGACCAUGCGACGACCUACCACCUUGUUUGUAGACCUCCAGGACAUCGCACCCAAGAUUUCUUGCAUGCCUUCACUUUGUUGUGGGGUAACGUCUUCGGAGCGCCUGGCACCAUAGCAGCAGAUCUAGAACCUGGUCUGCAGGCCGGGCUAAGUCAAUAUGCUGAAUUUCAUGGAUGCAAAGUACGACCAGCGGCUGGGCAGGCCCACUGGCAACAGGGUGUGAUAGAGAGGCAUGGCAUGUGGUUUGAGGAGAUGUUGAAACGAGUCAUUGAUGAAAAAUCCAUCGUUGGGGAGGACCUUGAGCUAGCAAUCCAGGCCGUCAACAGCGCAAAGAAUGAACUUCGAAGACAGCACGGUUUCUCUCCUAAUCAAGCAGUUUUUGGACGGGAUCCUAAAGUGCCAGAGGAGCUGAUGUCUGGCGUCGAUGAAGAGAAGUUCAUCGAGCUUAUCUCCGAGGACAGGCAGAGACAACGGGAAGUCAGUAUCAGGACCUCAGCUCGUAUGGCGUUUUUCAGGACCCAAGCAGAUGCCAAAUUCCGUCGAAGUCUCCUUCAAAGGGCUCGGGUUAAACGAGGAGGUUAUCGCAUUGGAGAACUCGUCUGUUUUUACAGGAUCGAGAAAGUGGCAACUCGCCGAGGGCAGUGGCGAGGACCCGGGACAAUCAUAGGGGCAGAAGGUGGAAACUGGUGGAUCUCCUUUGGUGGUCGGUGUCAUCUAGUUGCCGAGGAACAUUUGCGACCUUCAACAGCAGAAGAACUCGGUGAUCUUCUUUCCACCAAACUUGCCCGGGAUGACCUGGAGAAACUCCUUCAGUUAGACCCCGAUGAUCCCGAAACAUAUCAAGAGCCAGAUCAGGAACCAGGCGAUAUCGACGAAGAUCCCGGUCAGGAACCCCAACAUGACAUCGACAUGGAUUUUCAGUUCGAUCUCGGUCCCGAAGACUCCAUUCCCGAUUAUAGUCCUAGCGUUGCUGCUGAUGAAGGAUUUCAUCCUCAAGAACGAGUAGAACCUCUUCGUCGGGAACUGGAAUUCCUUACGCCGCCUGGAGGAGUUAACAAAAGGGUUCGUAAGAAGGGUCCUGGACCUGGUGCCGAGGUAGGAGAACAUUCGGCCCAUAUGUUGAAGAGAUGCCAGACUGAGAAGUCUCUCGAGAAGCAGCUCGAGAAAGAAUUGCCGUGGCGUCUCAUCCCGGAAAGUGAACGUCCCGCUUUUCGUGCUGCUGAAGAUAAACAGUAUCAGGAACACCUGAAACAUGGAGCUCUACAACCGUUGAGUCUGGAAGAAAGUGAAGCUGUACGACAAAGCGUCGAUCCUAGCCGCAUCUUGACCUCGAGAUUUGCCUACAAAGACAAACGUUGGAGCCGUAGGAAGGUCGAUUCUGCUGUUUGUUGGAAACAUAAGGCGAGACUCGUCAUUGGCGGACACAAAGACCCGGAUAUCCAUAUGCUCCAGACCGACGCGCCUACCAUCAAUCGAUUGUCGGUGCUGAUCUUGCUGCAACUUGUCGCAAGUAGAAAGGGUUCUGAGCGUUGGGAGGCAUCAGCAGGCGACAUAACUGCCGCCUUUUUGAACGGCGACGAGCUCGAUCGCGAGCUCUACCUUCUUCAGCCCAAAACCGGUCUGAGUGGCCUCCACCCUCAACAACUCCUCAAAAUCACCAAAGGGAUUCUUGGGCUUCCUGACAGUCCCCGAAAAUGGUGGCGUAAGCUUCGGGAAAGUAUUUUGGGGCUCCACAUCUCCUAUGAUGGGAUCGACUACAAGUUCGUGCAAAAUCCUCUCGAUCCUUGUCUUUUCCAACUGGUUGGUUCACAGCAAGGCAGCAGUGUGGCGCCGAUCGCAUACGUCGGAGUUCAUGUUGAUGAUCUUCUUGUGGUAGGCUCCCCCGAAAUCAGUCAGCAAAUUCGUCACAGUCUCUCACAGGUGUUUCCUGUAGAUGAUUGGGAAAUAGAUGAUUUCGAGUAUCUUGGAUCACACAUCACAGUUUCCGAGAAAGGGGUAUACGUGUCACAAGAAGCCUAUGCCUGCAGCCGACUCUUCGAGAUCCCUGUCACCAAAGACCAGAACGAAGAAGACCUCGCGACUCUCGAGCAGAAGAUCGACAACCAGUCCCUUAUAGGCGCAUUGUCGUGGCUGAGUUCCCAAUCUCGGCCCGAUCUUACCUGCAGCGUUUCCCUUGCGCAACAACUACAAAGAGAACCUUCAGUGUCCGACAUCCGAUUUACCAAUCAGAUCGCUCGACGUGCAUUGGAACACAAGGACAAGGGGAUAUGGCUACGACCGCUUGAUCUCUCCAAGCUUGAGUACCUUGUCUAUCACGAUGCUGCUUGGGCGAACGCAAAACUCGGAGGAGAAGAAGGUUUUCGACUGAGCCAAGCCGAUCACGAACUGGGCCAAAUGUCCGGUACCCCGUAUGAUUGGAAGGAAAGGAAGGCUAAGAGAGCCAACUCAAAUGUGGCCAGUCAAUGUGGUUUGCUGGUUGUUCUUACCGAUAGUGAGGCGUUCGCUGCCGGAGGUGGGGUCUGUAGCAUAGUUGAUUGGAAGUCAUCUGCCACGCGAAGAGUAUGUAGGUCAACUUUUGGUGCCGAGACUACAGCCUGUACAGAAGCUGUAGAGGAAGGACAAUACGUUCGCUCAUAUGUCGAGUCCAUCCUUUCUGGUACCCUGAAGACCGUUGACUCUCUGUCUGGACACCAGUUGCGCUGCAUCACCGAUUGCAAGAGCUUGUACGAUCAUCUUCACAAGGAGGGCAUUCCUAGGAUCCCCACCGACAAGAGGCUCGCAAUCGAUCUGUCCGCUCUCAGACAGAAUUUUGACUUCGAGAAAAUCCAAGAUCGUGCUCCGCUUUACUGGGUUCCCACUAGCUAUCAGCUUGCCGACAUUCUUACUAAGCCGAAGUCUGCUACCGAGUGGUGGAGCACUCUCUUCGGUGAGAUACGUCUGCCGUUCGCUAGCAUGGUCUUGACGGAAGGGCUUACGCCUUUCCAAGCACUGGCUGCUUCCUACGGUGUCUACGGCUCCGCCAAGGCCAUGUCGUCCGGACUCCUGGACCUUUGGUCAGGUGGACGUCCGGUGGCCCUCCAGGCUUCACGGCCCAUGCUGUUCGCCGCCACGCAAACGUGGCUCCUGAUUGCUUGCUUUGGAGAGCUCGCCCUUUUUGCUUUGGCAAGCCGGGUGCUACACCCUUCAGUCCCCAUUGCGUUCUAUGUCGCUGCGGCUGCGCUCAACACAAUGAACGAGCAAGGAACAACCGGCGAUGCCAAAUUUCACGCUUGCUUCACGUCGGUCGUUCAGGUGACGCAGAGCAUGUUUGGAUUUCAUACCUGUCCAACUGGCUUGAGACAGGAGGAAUCUUCAGUGAAGACGUCAGGGCCUGGAUGGCCCGAGGGCACGUUUGUCGUGGUGCGACUGCUGGCCUUGGUGGGCCUUUGCUUCCUGGACUUGCCAAAUGGUCUAUUGCCCAUCGGGACGUUGGGACGCCCCAUGGGCAGGUCGGUGCUUGGUGAAGAGUUCCUGUCGCCGCUCCUUGCUGCAGUGAAGGCGACGCGGGCGCCGAAGCGGUGGCGCGUCACUUUGAACAUUGCAGCUUCGAAGGCUUGGGAGGAAAGAGCGCGGGGUCCACUGCCUUCAACGCCAUGA